AUGAGAAAGCUAUUAAUGUUAUUAACGGUAUUGUGUACAAAUAUUGUUGGUGGUGUUAAUUAUGAGUUUGAGAGUUGGGAUGGUUUGUUUGAGGAUUUGUGUGUUCGUAACCCUGACGCGGGCGUGCGUGUGAAUGCGACUGACGCGUUAAGGUUAGGCAUGGUGCACAGGGCUAGAAACGCCGAAAAGCUGAUUGAGACGCUGGACCGGAUCAGCUCCGGGCUCAGGAAUAAACUCUACAAGGCAAGUGAACACAUGAGUUACAUUAACAAACUGUCAAACCUGGAAGUAAAACUAAGCGAAAACAAAGAACUACAGGAGAUUAUCACAGAGUUUAACACACUCGAGAAGGAACAACAAAUGUUUGACAACGAAUACCAAAAACUCAUACCAAUACUCAGACACAUCAAACUCACAGCCAACAACAUACAACACAUUGUCGAACCCGUUCACAUUCCUACCGGGGGAUCUCCCACCCUAGGAUCUACCGUAGGAUCUGGUGCUGUAGAAACUACUGGAGAACCUGAUACUGUAAAACCUGGUGUAAAAUCUACUGGAGAACCUGGUGUGGAAUAUGUAACUGGAGGAUCUGGUGGAGUAUCAGACCCCCUGCUAAAUCACUCUGAACUCAACAAGAUGAAAUAUUCCAACACCGAAAAAGAUGAAGAGGAUGAGGAAGAAGAGGAGAGUGAGGAGAGUGAGGAGAAAGAGGAUGAGGAGAAGAAGAGUGGGCAUGGAUUGGUGUGUGGGAGAGAGAAGUUGAGUGUGUUACUGUCAGGUUUGAACGAGAAAAUCACCGAGUUUAACUCGAUUUUUGAGCCAAAUUCGGUGGAAAAGUGGGAGGGAAUUGUGUACGAGCUGGAGCAACUCAACAAGAAAUUGACAAAUUUUAUCGAUUUCUGCCUGAGUCACUAUGAGUCACUCGAACACGAACUCAAAUCCAAACAAACUUACGCCGACCUAAGCGAAAAACUCAAACAAUUGUCAGACCAAAUGGAUAAAAAUUACAUCAACGGCGUUUUCACUCAGGGUACAGAGGGUAUUAGUGAGGGUAUAGGAGAGGGAACAGAUGGUAUUAGUGAGGGUAUUAGAGAAGGUACAGAGGGUAUAGGAGAGGGUACAAAGGGUACAAAGGGAACUGAGGGAGUAGGAGUUACAGAGGGAACUGAGGGAACGGUGGGAGAUGAGGAGUGUGAGGAUGUGUUGAGGGAGGUAGGGGCGGUUGAGAGGGUAAAAAAUCUAAAGUCAAACGGCUUUUUAGGCGUAAAAGUGGAAAUCUUACUCUUGGUCACAUUUCUAACGUAUUUCCUCUAA